GCUGUGCCCAGAGAGGCGUGCUGUAGAACUUUUGACAUCGGAUACAUAUUUAUGAUCUCCAAAAUGGCUUGGAGCCCAAACUGCAUACUUUAUCUUUUUACUUUUAAUACAUCCUGCAGCUGCCCUUACAAAGUAUGUAUUGCUGCGUGAAGUAUGCAUACAAAUGGGACGUACUACUUCAUCAUAAUAUUGUGCCUUCAGCUUUGGCUGUCUUGCUGAUAUAUUCAUUGCAGUCUGUUGUGCAAAAUGAGCUGUCAUCCAUCUGCGUGUGCUCAGCAGCUCAAGCUUGUUUAUAUUUGUGCAAGACAGUGACGUGUGUGAUGUAUCUUCUGCUGCACAGAGGAUUGUGGGUCAGAAUGGCCAGAAAAGCAUUCAGGCCUGCAUACUGCAAACCAGACGUAGUGGGACAUCCUGAUAUUUUUGGCAUUCUGUACUUGAAGAACUAUGUACUGGGAAUGGGUACUGAAACACACCCAUAGUAAAAAUUGGCCUCUAUUUAAUUGUGCACUCUGCUGUGCUUUUUUCAUGUAAAAGACAAUAUACCAGUAGCAGGGAGGCACUGCAGUUGCAAAGAACCUUCUCUUAUUCAAGCAGAACCAAUUCUAGACAAUACAAAAAAGACAUCACCUCAGCAUCUCUGGUUUGGUUUUGAGGCUUCUCAUUUAAAAUGGAAAUCCUGCAGUACAAACUGAGCUGUGGGGUUUCCCAGGUAGGAAGAGUCUUAGUCUGACUCAUGGGAUGCAAAAUGCAGACGAGGCACACCAUUGUGUCAUGUGUUUUGGGUUACCGUUUUCAAAAUCCUUUGACAACUGUAGGAUCCAGGCUUUUGUCAUGAUAAAGUAUAAUACUAAACUGUGAGAUGCUUCUUUUCUCAGUAGUGAUGUUCUGGCUGAUUGUACCUUACCUCCCAGUCUCUGUACAUUUUGUCCCGUGUCACAUUUGGGCCAACUCUGUAUGCAAGAAAAGCAAUUCAGUGUAACGCAUUUUCUCACAAUUCAAAGAGGAGGAGCCCUGUAAAUUUAAAUGUUGGUGAUAAACCUCCUCACAAUCACCCUUACAUCAUAAUUUCCAUGCACAGAUAUUUUUAUACAUUAUAUUGGCCAAUUGCUGAGCUCAUUUCUGCUCCUUAGAGGGGAAAAAAAAACCCACUGAAUUGUAUAACUCUGCAACCUGUUCUGCAUUGCUGCCAGUCGCACUGUAAAUCUUUCUCUUCAAGCAGCUACUUCUCUCAGCAUGUUGUUUAUUUUAUCCAACGCAUUCGUACCAUGUCACACAAUGGGUGUUGUGAUUCAUUGCAGCUUCUGGGAGCCGCAAGCAGACAGCAGUCAUGUUUUAUUUAUUCGCUGCAUCACUAUGAAGUUUGCACUCGAUUACUGUCAACAACUGACAAGUGUACUAACUUCCCAUAGCUGAUCUCACCUGUCCCUACGCAGUGAUGUCACCACGGCCAUCCUGUCUUGAUGAUGUCAGCGGGUCAUUCCUGUCAGCUUGAGUAACACUCUGUCCCUGCCUGGCUUCUCUGGUGAGUGUGUGAGAGAUGGAGUUAGGUGUCUGUGGCGCUCAGCCUCCUUGCUAACUGAUUUACUAUGUUAGACACGCCAUAGGCCAGAGCUGUAUAUCUGUGUGUGUAUGUGUGUGUGUGUGUGUGAGAGAGAGGGAGAGAGAGAGAGAGUGUGUGUAGUGUAUGGAGAGCUUUAUAUAGCCACAGUUCCCCAGGAAGAAGGAAUGCCCUGGAUGCCAGUGACCAUAUUUGAACAGUGUGUCUGCUACAGGGAGACUACACACACCGACUGUAAACCGUAACUUACACACACACUCAACUCUCCUUCAUCUUUAAACUGUGAGUGUGUGUGUGCGUGCGCUCUGUGUUGUAGUUCCACCGGACCACCACUACCAGGCAAUGUAACACCUCGUCUGGUAGUGACAGUCGGCUUUUCCUGACUCACAGGGAGCAAACUUCUCUCUCUCUUUCCAGCACUUUCUGGUUUCUUCUCCCUGACAAUUCGUUCUGCUAACUGACAACAUCCACUCGGACCCUGCAGAGGAAACUUCUCCGCCUCUCUUCAACUUCUCACCCUCUUCCCUUGCUCUGUUGUGGUCUUGUAUACUUUAGGGAGAGGUGGUUGCUGGUAGUCGGGCAUCUUUUUUUUCUGUCUCGGGUGCAUGUAUGCGUGUGUUUGAGUGAGUCAGUAUGCCAUGUCGUCCCCCGGCUCGUCGUUUGUGCAGAUAAAGCAUGAGGAUUUGCUCUUCUACGAGAACUGUGGAGGGGGAAGCUUCGGCAGCGUCUACAGAGCCCUCUGGAUAUCCCAAGACAAGGAAGUGGCUGUGAAGAAACUCUUGAAGAUCGACAAAGAGGCUGAGAUUCUCAGUGUGCUGAGUCACAAAAACAUCAUUCAGUUUUAUGGAGCCGUGCUGGAAUCUCCCAACUAUGGCAUUGUCACAGAAUAUGCUAGUGGAGGGUCUCUGUAUGAGUACCUUUCCAGCGAGCAGAGUGAGGAGAUGGACAUGGAACAGAUUAUGACGUGGGCCAUACAGAUAGCCAAAGGGAUGCAUUACCUCCAUGCAGAAGCUCCAGUCAAAGUGAUUCACAGAGACCUCAAAUCACGAAAUGUGGUAAUGACAGCAGAUAAAGUGCUGAAGAUUUGUGACUUUGGAGCAUCUAAGUUUCUGUCCCACACCACCCACAUGACGGUGGUGGGAACUUUCCCCUGGAUGGCUCCUGAAGUCAUUCAGAGUCUGCCUGUCUCUGAGACCUGUGACACUUACUCCUACGGUGUGGUGCUAUGGGAGAUGCUGACUCGGGAGGUUCCUUUCAAAGGUUUCGAGGGGCUACAGGUUGCAUGGCUGGUGGUGGAAAAACAAGAGAGACUGACCAUCCCCACCAGCUGUCCAGCAAGUUUCGCAGAACUGAUGAGGAAAUGUUGGCAAGCAGAUCCAAAGGAGCGGCCACAUUUUAAGCACGUGCUGGUAACCCUAGAGACCAUGGCUAAUGACAGCAGGCUACCGGACCAGUGUAACUCCUUCCUACAUAACAAGGACCAGUGGAGGUGUGAAAUCGAGUCGACCCUGGAGCGCCUCCGAAAGCUAGAGAGGGAGCUUUACUCCAAAGAGAAGGAGCUGGAGGAGAGGGAGAGGAGGCUCAGGCUGUGGGAGGAGAGGCUGAUGGAGAGGUCCAACAUGAGUCCCAGUCCCACCUCCCUACUCAUGGAGCGCUCCAACAUCUCACCAUUCUUCACGCCAAUGUCCAUCGGCUCCUCCGGCUCUUUCUUCCGCUCGCACUCUCAGGACUCCAACAGUGCAGGGGUCAGCAGCGCCGGGGUCAGCUGCCUCCUCCGCACGCUCAGCAACGGCGACACCGAGAGGGGGAGCGGCGCGGUGCUGGAGAGGGGCAUGGGGUCGCUCGACGGCGGGAGGCUGCACGCCAUGCUCCGAGGGUUGCAGGGGAGGUUCGGAGAGGAGGAGGCGGAAGAAGGAACCGUGGAGGAGAAAAGCUGGGGGCAGCAGGGCAAAGACAACAGCGGGAGUCUGGAGGGUGGACGGGUACAGGUGACGCUCAGGAGCUUCCCGGGUGGCGUGGUGGAGAGGGAGGAGAGGAUGUGGGAGGAGGGAGACAGGGAGAGAGGGGGGAUGCAGAGGAGCAGGGUGACCACCAUAGUCAGAGGGUACUCGGGCGGGUUUGGAGAGGCAGAGGCGGAGAGGGAGAAGGAGGGAGGGUGGGAGAUAGAAAAAGUCGGGGACAGGCUGGAGGAAAGAGGGAUGGAGGGCGCUACCAUGCCCGCUAUGUUCAAGGGGCUUCACGGCAGCAUGGGGGGUUGGGGGACAUGCUGUCUCUUGACAUGGAUGAGAUGGGGGAGAUGGACAGGCUAGGUGACAUGGACAUGGGCGACCUGGGAAUGAUGAAGGUGGUGGGUCACGGGGUCAGGAGCGAGCUGGGGGUCAGGGGUCGCAGGAGUGACAUGGGGGUGGUAGUGCAGGGAGUGAGAGGCGACGUCAGCGAAGCCAUCAGCCAGAAGAUCAGAGGCGAGGUGGGCGUCAUCGGUCACUCCGGGGUGCAGGUGAGCAUGCGGGCGUCGUCCAAUCAGAACUCUGUGAAGAGCUGCAGCGUGCGACACGGAACCAAGAUCAACAUGGCGACGGCGGCCAUGGACAUGAUGGAGCUCGACUGGUCUGACAGCGACUAGAAAACGCACAUUAGCAGACUUGUUAGCACAUACAGUAUCCAAGCUACAGUAUGUGCAAAACAAGCUCCAGUUCAAACAGCUGGUAUACACACAUUUCUUUUAUUUUUUUAAUUGAAUGGAUGAUUACUACACCAAUGUGUACUGUGAAGCAGGAAGGAGCAAAAAAAAAAAAGACAAUUAGAAGUUGUCUUGUCAUGUUGUCAGAACGACUUCACCUGUGUAAUUUAAUGUGCUAUUAAAACUGCAUAACAUACUGUAAGAGGUACAAGUGUUACAAAAGAACACACUUGAAGGGCGCUCUGAGGCAGCACUAUCGUUUUUCCCCCCUUGCUUACAGAGCAUAUUGUAGUUUGUAGAUUUGAUUUGUUGAAAACAUGCUUUGACUUUAUCAGUUCUAACUGUGAUCUAGUGUGUGAAUUUUUGGCAUUUCUUUCUCUAUAUUUUAUCAUUUUUCAAUAAAAAAGAAAUCCGA